AUGCAAAGAGCAGUGGAGAGAUUCUACCCUUCAGAGUUUGGAGUUGAUGUGGAUCGCCAAGAUGCAGUUGGGCCUGUCAAGUUUGGAUUUGUAGCAAAGUCUCAGAUUCGUAGAGCUACUGAGGCAGCGAGGAUUCCUUACACCUGUAUCGCAUCUAACGCUUUUGCUGGAUAUUUUCUUUCAACCUUUGCACAGCAAGGUGCCACUGAUCCACCACGAGAUAAAGUUGUCAUCUUGGGAGAUGGAAAUGCCAAAGUUAUUUUCAAUGGAGAACAUGACGUUGGUACCUUCACCAUCAAAACCGUUGAUGAUCCAAGAACAUUGAACAAAGUUGUCUACAUUAAUCCUCCUAAGAAUCGUGCAUCAUUUAAUGAGUUAGUGGCCAUAUGGGAGAAGAAGAUUGGUAUAACGCUGGAGACGGAAUACAUUUCUGAGGAACAACUCCUAAAGAACAUCCAAGAGGCUCCAAGUCCACUCGACGCCAUACUAUCAAUUAACCAUGCAAUUCUGGUAAAUGGUACUUCCAACUUUCCAAUUGAGCCAUCUUUCGGUGUAGAGACUUCAGAGCUUUAUCCUGAUGUCAAGUACACCACUGUCGAGGAGUUCCUUCAUCAAUUCGUCUAA